AUGGAGCUGGCGGAACAGAUUGACGAUUCGACAUUCUGCACAAUGAGUGACGAAGCCCCCACCAGAGUUACGGGCAUCUGUAGUAGCUCGCCCGAUGUUACAAUCGCUAGUGGUAGUCUGAUAAAUAGCAUAACCUGGCGACCUAYGCUAACUCUCGCAUCAGACUAUCUGCCCAUAAUUAUCUCGAUCGAGAAACCUGCCGAUUUCGUUUCUGUGGACAACCGUACCUUCGUUAACUUUAACAAAGCUAUCUGGGUUCGCUUCACAAAAUUUACUGAGAGGACCUUUAAAGCUCUACCCAUUCCUAAGGACGUAUGCGUUGGCGAACGUCAAUUUCGCAAGGUGAUCGCAACAGCUACCGCUCGCUUCAUCCCAGCUGGACGAAUAGCGGAAAUCUGCCCCAACUUCCCAGCCGAAGCAACCGUUUUAGCUAAUGAGCGCGACACCUUACGCCAUGCCAAUCCCGGCGAGCCCCGAAUAAGGGAUCUCAAUUUGGAGAUUCGGCGUAUGGUAAACCAUCAUAAGCGGACGAAAUGUAUAGAGCACCUGAAGUCCUGCAACCUCUCCACCGGUGUGAGUAAGCUUUGGGCUACUGUCAAAGCUUUGUCUAAUCCGAAAAGUCACGACGACCGAGUUGAAGUUCAAUUCAAUGCACUUAGCGUCAUAAACGCUCAGAUAGUCCGUUGCCUUAACCAGAAACCACUCUGUGAGAGAACGAUCCUCUUAGUGUUGGACCUGUCAAAAGCUUUUGACACGGUCAACCACAAAACGCUCCUGCAGGACAUUGAAAAAACCACGCUUCCUCCAGGGCUCAAGAGGUGGACCAUGAACUAUCUGAACGGUCAUCAGUCAUCCGCACUAUUGGAGGUGCAACAUGUAACUGAGAAGAAUUAA